UCUUAUUUUCCCCAAUUGAAGUAUUAAAAUUAUUAUUAUGGGGUGUGCAACCUCUAAACAUGAAGACUUACCGGCGGUGUUACUCUGCCGUGAACGUUGCUCCUUUUUAGACCAAGCUAUUCACCACCGUUACGCUUUUGCUGAAGCCCACAUAGCUUAUCUUCACUCUUUAAAAUCCGUUGGCGGUUCACUUCACCGCUUUUUCCAACAUCAACUUGAACCCGAAUCUUCACCUUCACCCGUUUCUCCUCUUUCUCCGAUUCUCAAUCGGAAACCUGACCUUCCACAACCUUCCGGUAAAAAACCGGCUGCUGUUAUUCACCAACGUCACGAUUCUCACUCCAGUUCCGGUUCACACCUUCACUUCCACUCUGAAUCCGGUUCAGAUGAUGAUUCCGGUUCAGAAUCUUUACAUCAUCAUACUGAAACCCGAACCCCUACUCAUGGUAAUAAUAAUAAUCUGUAUGGUAACCAGUUCACUUAUGCUGAUCAUGAAACCCUACCUUUCGGUGCUCCACCAUAUGAAGUUGGUGGAUACGGAGCACCAUAUCAAGCUGGGUCGGGUAGUGGUGGUGGGGGGUUCGGACCACCAUAUCAAGCUGGUGGUUUCGGGGCACCGUAUCAAGUCGAGUCGGGUGUUGGUGGUGGGUUCGGGCCACCAUAUCAAGUCGAGUCGGGUGGUGGGUACGGAGCACCUUAUCCAGUCGGGUCGGGUGGUGGUGCUGGGUUCGGAGCACCAUAUCAAGCUGGUUCGAGUGGGUAUAUGCAUAUGAAUUACAUGAGGAAACAAGCGACGCCGUCGGUGACUUAUCAACAACGACCAAUAAGUCCAGCGACUGUUCGUAUGGGUGAAGCUUCUUCUUCUUCUUCUUCAUAUUACCCUUCUCCUUAUCCCAAUAAUACUAAUAACAACCCUAACCCUAAUUCCUACAACAAUUAUCCGGUUUAUCCCAAUUACGGUGGUGGGCCAUACGGUGUUUCAUCUCCGCCAGCGCCGCCGUCUGGAGCCGGGCCGUCGACGUCGAAACCGCCGCCGCCACCACCAUCUCCACCGAGGAAUUCACCUUGGGAUUUUCUGAAUCCAUUCGAGACUCUUGAGAGUACUAAUUACGUUACACCGUAUACGCCCAAUCGAGAUUUGAGGGAAGUGAGGAAAGAAGAAGGUAUUCCUGAUUUAGAAGAGGAGGAUUUCGAGCAUGAGGUUGUUAAGGAAGUUCACGGGCAUCAGAAGUUUGUCGAAGGCGAGAAUGAAGGCCACUUGGUAGAGGAGGAGAGAGAGAAGGAAAGUGAUUCGGAGGCGAUAUAUCGUGGGAGGCCAAGUGUUGCGUCGAUGGAGAAUGAGCAGGACGUGGAGUAUGAGGUGCACGUUGUGGAUAAGAAAGUGGUAGAUGAGGAAGGGAAGUCAAAUGUUGGCGGUGGGUUCAAAGUUCGUGCAUUUAAGGACGAUUCUGAUGUUGUGAAAGAGAUUCAGGUUCAAUUUGAGCGAGCUUCUGAAUAUGGAAAUGAGCUUGCUAAGGUGCUCGAGGUUGGAAAGGUUCCUCACAAUCGUAAGCAUGCCACAUAUCAAGUUUCUUCCAAGAUGUUGCAUGCGAUUACCCCUUCAUUAUCCGUGGUGUCAUCACAACCUUCUACGUCAAAGAGUGCUGAGAUUCAGAUAGCUGAUCCUGCUGCUUCAGAUGUGGAAGGAGAUGUUAGUUCAAGGUACAAGAACCUUUCUUCAACGUUAAACAAGCUGUACCUCUGGGAGAAGAAACUGUAUCAGGAGGUUAAGUCUGAGGAGAAGAUAAGGGUGCUUCAUGAAAGGAAAUCUGAAAAGCUGAAGCGAUUAGAUCAAAAGGGUGCUGAGGCUCACAAGAUUGACAUGACAAGGCAAUUGGUUAGAAGUCUCUCCACAAAUAUUAGAAUUGCGAUUCAGGUUGUUGAUAAGAUCUCUGAGAAGAUAAACAAGAUGAGGGAUGAAGAGUUAUGGCCGCAACUGAAUGUACUUAUUCAGGGGUUAAGUAAAAUGUGGAAAGGCAUGCUUGAGUGUCAUCAUAACCAAUGCCAGGCUAUUGGAGAAGCCAAAAGAUUAGAUGCCAUUGCAUCUCACAAACACUUGAGUGAUGCUCAUCUUGAAGCGACUCUGCACCUUGAACAGGAGCUUUUGAACUGGACUUUGAGAUUCUCUUGCUGGGUGAAUGCACAGAAGGGCUAUGUGAGAGCAUUAAACACUUGGCUAAUGAAAUGUCUUCUCUAUGUGCCUGAAGAAACAGCUGAUGGAAGAGUUCCCUUUUCUCCGGGCAGGAUUGGUGCUCCCCCAAUUUUUGUCAUUUGUAAUCAAUGGUCACAAACCAUUGAAGGAGUUUCUGAGAAAGAGGUUAUUGACUGCAUGCGAGAUUUUGCAUCGAAUGUCCUUCAGCUCUGGGAGCGAGAUAAACAUGAAAUGCGGCAAAGGAUGAUGGUACACAAGGGUAUGGAGAGAAAAGUGAAGAACCUGGAGAGGGAGGACCAGAAGAUACAAAAGGGGAUUCAUGCACUGGGAAAAAGAAUAGUACUUGUUUCUGGGGAUGAAAGUGGUCUCUCAUUAAAUAGGCAUGUCGUUUACCAGAGUGACACAAGCAAAAAUAGUAGUCUGCAGGCUGGUCUGAGACAUAUUUUUGAGGCCAUGGAAAGGUUUACUGCCAAAUCCUUGAAAGUGUACGAGGAGCUUUUGCAACGCAUUGAAGAAGAUGAUCUUGCUUGAAGAGCAUGAGAAAUUAUUAUUGCAUUACCUUGAAAAUGUCACUCCUCCUUGGUGCCUGUUAUUAUGCUACCGUUGUAGGUUAUUGAUUUUCCAGACAAGGGGACAAUGUUAAAUGGAGCGACAAAGACCUUGUUGGCUUUCACUGCUCUUGCUGUAACAUCAUAUCACAGCUCAAUCAGUUUCAGUUGGGAACGGAGGUUUAUGGCAGAUAUUAUACUGAUGAUGUGCCUUUGAGGUUUUUGCAAUGGGAACUUAUUGCCGAUGUCAGAACAGAUAUUCUUGAAUCUCCUAUUUUGGAUGCAGCAGAAAGUGUCAUGUUUUUCAGUGGUAGGGCUUCGAAUUAGACUAGCUGUGAACCUGAAAGGAGGAGGGGAUUAAAUACCCCAGGAAGGCACCAAUCUGAGCUAGUGUAGACGUAUAUUAUGAAAUGCCAUGCCUCUGUCAAAUUCAAGUAUUUAUAAGUGUCAGUGGUUGGAGACAUUAUGACGUGCUAUGAUUACCUUGGCGCUAAGUGACAUGUUCGUUGUUCACCCCAUUGGCGCCAUUUAGGCUUCAAGUGAGCCCUACAUGGUGGCCAGCCGGUUCCCUUGGCAGAUUAGUUAGCCACCAACUAAAUUGAGCCAGAAGGGAAACUUUGUGCGCUGUCCUCCUGGAGCUGCUGUUGAUUGGUAUUUUGAGAAAAUGAUUGAUAGAGAUAUCUGAGCUAUGGCAGGCCAUGUUCACGUACAGACGGCAGCAUCAUUGUGAUAAUAAUGAUGCAAAUAAGCAAGUGAGGUUGGCAUCUAAACUGCAAGCAGGGUCCAUCUAAGGAAAAGAACAUGAAGAGUUGUUCGUUCAAGGCUCACGGUAUUUGGUCAUUUUUCAGUUGGAUCGAGACUUCACCAGUGGAACAUGGGAAGAGGCUGUUUGGAGACGCAAGUCAUUGAGACUGCCAGAUGCCUGGCACCAGACCAGCCUGAGAACAGAGAUAUAAUACUCGUGUAAGUUAGUUGUAUUCAAAUUUGUACAGGGGCUUGUUCUUUAAAAUUCUGAUAAUAAUCUUUAUCUUAAAUUAUUGUGUAUAUAGAACUGCAUAGAUGACCCAGAUAUAUUUUUUAUGAUAUAUAGUGCAUUCUGUCCGCUGAUAACUUGUAUGGCUAAAGUUGGACAGCUCCCUUGUUCCGCCUUUCAACUUAAGCUAACCCUGAACUUACUGACCGUAUGUAACAUAAGUCAUUUUAGUUGUCCAUAACACAGAGAUUCUUAUUUGAGGUGAGGUGUGUUGAAUA